AUGGGUGGAUUGAUAAGUCGUGCUAAUCGGCUCCUUAACAAAGAUCCAUAUACUGGUAUAACUGUUCAGAUUCAUAAUGUACCAUAUUCAUUUGAACGACGUUUGGGCUCUGGUGGUUUUGGUUCUGUUUAUCAAGCAAAACGAUUGGAUGGUAGACCUGUAGCUAUUAAAGUAAUUAAUUUAAAUGGCUUGCCACCUGCUCGUAGUCAAAAUCUUGUUCGAACUUAUCUAAACGAAGUUGCACAUCUUGAACGAUUACGGCAAGAAUCACGUCAUGUUGUUGUGAUUCAUGAUUUUGAUUUCGAUGCCCGAUCUGGUCAAGGUUAUAUUGUUAUGGAAUUAGGUGGAGAAAAUUUAUUAACAUUAAUUAAUCGCUUACGACAAAUGAACAAUAAUUCGGGUCCAUCUAUCGAUCCAGUAAUGAUUAAAGAAUUUUGGCAUCAAAUGGUUAGUAUUGUUCGUACACUUCAUGCACAUCAAAUUAUUCAUAUGGAUUUAAAACCAGAUAAUUUAAUUCUAUUUGGACGAACACUUAAAAUAGCUGAUUUAGGUAUAUCAAGAAAAGCUGAUAGUUUAGGUCAUGCUCGUAUGGGAACUCCAUUCUUUAGUGCCCCAGAAGUCAUGCAAGAUGUUGCUGGUUUACAACGAUUUUAUGGGCCAAAAGCUGAUAUUUGGUCAUUAGGUGCUAUUCUUUAUUUUAUGGUUUACGGUCGACCACCUACUUAUCAUGCUUUAGCAUCGAAUCCUCCAAUUGGACAACCAGCAUAUCCCGAUCCAUCUGUUAAUGAUAUACUUCGUCGUACAUUAGUUCCUAAUCCGCAGUCAAGAGCCGAUAUAAAUGCGCUUAUAUUUCAUCCAUAUACUCGCAGUUGA